AUGAAGCCCCUUCCUCGUUUGAUCUCAACUGUUCCGCUAUUGUUCAUGUUCCUCAUUGCAACAGGGUUGGGUCCGGUCACGGUGGAGGCACGCACAUGUGAGACAAGUAGCCAGUUGUUCAAUGGACCGUGUCUGAGCGAAACCAAUUGCGCCAAUGUUUGCCACAACGAAGGCUUUUCAGAUGGUGACUGCCGUGGAAUCCUCCGUCGCUGCUUUUGCACCAAACCAUGUUGA